CACUAUGGUAUAUGGAGACUUCAUUCCUUACCUCUACCUUCCAUAGUGCUCAUCAUCGUUUUUUUGACAUAUUAUGGAAAGAGAUGCAAAUAGAAUAGAUUUUUUUAACAUAACCGCGAAAAUCGAAGUUAGUCAAUAACAGGCAUUUUUCUCUGUCACUCUAAUUACGUCUUAGUGAGAGUAAAAGAGGAAGAUCUCCACCAUUUGCGUAUUUCGGUUUUCGCGGUAGGCCCCCUGGAACUUGACUAGAGUAAUGAGAAUGAGUUUGUUGCUUAAACAUUUAAGAGCGUUAAUAUAAUUAGCUAGAACAGUCCAUCUAAAAGUUGUUCAUUUUGUCGAAUCGGUUGGGUUGGCGGCACAAACUAUUAAUUUAAGAAAAUACAAACUAUUAUAGAUAAAGCGGCACAAAUUUUAGUUUAUUUCAUCGCUGUAUUGUAAGAAUUUAAUAUGUGUGGUCGUACUGGAUUAUCGCUUAAUAAAGAACAAGUAAUAUGUGCAUGCAGCUAUAAGCCAAAACCCGCUGAUCUGCACUGUAAACCUGAAUGGAUGCACGAACAUAACGAUGGUAGGGAAUACAAACCUUCUUAUAACAUCGCUCCCACUGACGUUACUCCCGUUUUGGUCUCAGCCAGUAGGUUCAAAACUGCAGCUCUAACCAGCAGGAUCAUAAAACCUAUGAUGUGGGGAAUUAUACCUCCCUGGCACAAAGGUGAUUAUAGAAAUCAUAAUUUGAGUACCAAUAAUUGCCGCUUAGAAGGCAUACAAGGGUCAAAGCUCUAUGGCCCUAUUUUACAAGAUGGGGGUAGAUGUGUGAUUGUUGUAGAAGGGUUUUAUGAAUGGCAAACUACAGAUAAGGCUAGCAAAAAUAAACAGCCUUACUAUAUAUAUUCUCCUCAGAAUGAAAAUAUGAAGGUGGAUGAUCCAGCAACUUGGAAUAAUUCCUAUGAUGAUGAAAAUGGCUGGAAAGGGAUAAAACUUUUGCACAUGGCUGGCUUGUACCAUGUAUGGCAAAAUGAGGAAGUUAUAAUAUAUUCUUAUUCAGUGAUCACCAUGGACUCAAACAGCACUCUCAACUGGCUGCACCAUAGAAUGCCAGCUAUAUUGGACAAUGAACAUCAAAUUGAUGCUUGGCUCAACAUUUCUGAUGUCGAUCCACACAUGGCCCUGGGAUAUUUGAAACCAGUCAAUAUGCUAUCUUGGCAUCCGGUUUCAACACUGGUCAAUAAUUCAAGAAAUAAAUCAGCAGACUGCAACAAAAGAAUAACUUUGGUCCAGAAAAAUAAGUCUAUACAGAAAACCCUAACAGGGUGGUUUGUUAAGCCUGAAAAAAGAAAUAUAGAUAGCAACACUGGUGGUGAACCCAAAAGAAAAAAAUAACUGAGAAACAAGACAAGUUUAUUUAUUAAUAUAAACUGAAAGGACAAUAAAAAUAAAAAUAAAGUGUGUUUACACUUCAAUAAAACUAUGUUCUUGAUAAGAAGGUUUAGUUAAUAAUUAAGGCUAUAACCAACACAGCUGGCAGUUGCUGUAUUAAAACUGUUAUCAUCU